CUCAGUUGUUGACGAACUGUCGAAGUGAAAGUACAGGUAUCACCAUCUGGUGAGCAAACCAGACGAGCGUUCGUAAAACGACCGUGACAAGACGCUUGAAGAGAGGAAUUGAUCCAAUGCUUGUGUUGUAUGCGCGCGCGCGUGCCUAACUGUAAAACUGUUCUCGAGAAGUGAGAAACAUAAGCGGUAACUGUUCACCUUUCGGAGGCUAUUUCAUUCGUCCGUGAUACGCAACAUGAGAUAAACCGUUGCUUUGCAUAUUCGUUAAAGGAGAUCGGAGCAAGUGACGAACGGUUCAACGUAUUUGCCAUACUCUUCGAACAAAGAGAUACGCCAGCCACCGAGCGGAAAGAACUGAGACACGAGGAUCGAAUAGUGUGUCGUAUUCAACGGAAUUGUUAUUAUAUGUGUGAAAAUGGAUAUUAAAAAAGUCAUGUAUACUAUCGUGAGAGAAGGCAAAUUGGCACGCUUGAAGGAAUUGCUGGAACAUCGAGAAAAGGAUGAGGUAGUGAAAUUAGUCAGCACAACAAGCCAUGGCACAACGCCAUUAGUUAUUGCCUGCCGAAAUGGACAUUAUGACGUAGCUGAAUAUCUCAUUGAAAAAUGUGGGGCGAACGUCAAUCAACCUGGUUUAGUGAUGUUCGAUGGCGAAAUGAUCGAACGAGCGCCACCUCUAUGGUGCGCCGCAGCUGCCGGACAUUUGGCUUUGGUUAAAUUGUUGGUGAAAAACGGCGCCCGGGUGAAUUCCACCACUAAAACACAUUCCACGCCUCUACGAGCAGCAUGUUUCGACGGCCACUUCGAUAUUGUUAGAUUUCUGGUGACUCACGGCGCGGACAUUGAGAUGGCAAAUCGUCAUGGUCACACGAGUCUGAUGAUCGCCUGUUACAAAGGUCACAUUAAAAUCGUCAAAUUCCUACUUGCCUUGAAAGCGAACGUUAACCGAAAAUCCAUAAAGGGUAACACAGCACUUCACGAUUGCGCUGAGAGUGGAUCCCUAGAAGUCGUCAAGGUACUCAUCGAGCAUGGUGCCCGAAUGGACGUGGACUCCUACGGGAUGUCACCACUCCUUACGGCAGCAGUAACAGGCCACAAGCACAUCGUCGAGUACUUUAUCAAUAUGCCGAAUUUAGUGAAUCGGAAGGAACGCAUAGACGCACUGGAAUUACUGGGCGCCACGUACGUAGAUAAAAAGAGGGACAUGAUGGGAGCGCUUGAAUGUUGGAAACAGGCAAUGGACGAAAGAUAUCGAGGUGACCCAGUGAUACUGAAACCACCACCGUCGCCGGUUGUAGCUGCCUACGACUUUGCACGGGAAAUUACCGAUCCCGACGCGCUAGAUGGAUUACUAAACGACCCGGAUGAAAUGCGAAUGCAAGCACUUGUAAUUAGAGAACGAAUAUUAGGACCGGCUCAUCCCGAUACUAGUUAUUACAUUCGAUACAGGGGAGCGGUAUACGCGGAUGGUGGAAUGUUCAGCCGUUGUAUAGAACUUUGGAACUAUGCCUUAGAUAUGCAGCAAAGUAUGCUGGAACCACUCGAUCCAAUGACUCAGAGCUCGCUCUUUAGUUUUACCGAGCUCUUUAGCUUUAUGAUAAGUAGACAAAUAAAUACAGGGCGAAGAGUACCACCGGUUCAGAGAGAAGAACUUCUUCGAGUGUUCAAAAAAGCUGUUCUGGAAGUGAAACUAGGAAAACAAAUGUUGGACAAAGGAUCAGUACGCGGACGUGAUAUUGCCUAUUUGAACAGAGUUCUCGUCACCACUUUACACCUAGCAAGUUUAUUGACUCACGAAAUGCCAGAAGAAGGCACUGCGGAAUAUCAAACACUGCAUCAGGCACUUUACGAGUUAGUUCGAAUAAAUGCCAAAGACAAUAACGGUCGGAACGUGUUGCAUUUAGUUUUCAGCGAAAGAGGUACCGUACUUGGAGCUGGUCCAAAGUCUUCGACGUACAGGUUCCCUUCACCGCAUUUAAUAAAGGCUCUAAUAAGAGUCGGUGCUGAUGUCACAGCAAGAGAUGCAACUGGAAGUACGGUGUUACACCUUGCUGCCAUGUUCUAUCCAUCACCCGAUCUUGUUACUAUUCUUCUUGAUGCUGGAGCACAUAUCGACGCAGUUAAUAAAAUGGGCAGCACGUUCGAAACAUUGAUAUGGAGUAACAACACGUACGAAACGUUAAUAUGGAAUAAACGCUUGUAUAAUUCGGUGUAUCCUGUAAGAUACACUACACUCGCCUGUCUAGCAGCCAGAGUAGUGAGAAAAACAUAUAAUAUUAGAUUUGUUCCAAAACAUCUUCAAGCCUUUGUUCAAAUGCAUUAGUGGUAUUAGUGAGUUAAACAGUGAUGAGGAUAGGCUAUCGUUUAGGAUGCCACAAGAGAUGUUUAUUUGUUAUUUAACCGAUAAGGAAAAUUGACGAUAAAGUUUUAUAUCUAUCUUUUUCGAAAGUGCAAAAUUAAUGUUAGAACAUUCUUUCGAAUGAGAAAGUACGAAAUCUAAAGAGAAUUGCUACUAAUUAUACGUAUAAUGCGAUGAAAUGAUGCUGUCAGUAAUUUCUCGUUAGACUUGGACUUUAGACGAUUCAAAAUCACCGAAUCAAUAUACCCUACACUAUUUUCACGACUCAAGUAUUGUUCAACGCUAGUAAAGAAUU